UUUAUGUUUUUUUUAUUUCAGUCUGCUCAUGUUGUAAAAAGCAACAGUGUUUGCAGUGUUUUUUUUCAUCUUCAGCAGGAAGGCGUGAUUCUGCCCAUCAGGCAGAGCUAUACAAACUUCAACAUUGAAUCCAGUUCUGUCAUCAAAAGCAAAUUUUUGCAAAGGUGCCUUGAAAAGUCAAAUAUCAACAGAAAACAUGGCUCCAGUGGUCAAUCCAACUGAAACGGAGAUCUCAGAAAAGUAUGACUACGAUCUUAUCGUUGUCGGCGGUGGCUCGGGAGGUCUAGCGGCUUCAAAACGAGCGGCAGCUCUCGGUGCAAAAGUCGCGGUUUUUGACUUUGUAAAACCUACCCCGGUUGGAACGACUUGGGGUUUGGGAGGCACGUGUGUAAACGUGGGAUGCGUUCCGAAAAAGCUAAUGCAUCAAGGAGCUUUGUUGCGUCAACAUAUUCAUGAUGCGAAGAUUUACGGCUGGAAAGUAGGUGAAACCGAAACUCAUGUUUGGGAAGAGCUCGUCGAAAAAGUUCAGGAUUAUAUUGGAUCCCAAAACUUCGGUUUUCGAGUUUCGUUAAGAGACAAAGGUGUGAAAUACAUCAAUGCGUAUGUGACAUUCGUCGACCAACAUACAGUGAAAGCGGUGGAUAAACGAGGCAAUGUGACCUUCCAUACGGCUGAUAAAUUUAUAAUAGCUGUUGGGAUGAGACCAAAUUACCCAGAUAUCGCAGGUGCCAAAGAUUACGCGAUCACAAGUGACGAUAUUUUUUCACUGCCAUAUCCGCCGGGGAAGACGGUCGUAGUCGGGGCUUCGUAUAUUGCUUUGGAGUGCGGAGGCUUCUUGAAUGGGCUGGGCUUUGAGGUCACAGUACUUGUGCGAUCUAUACUUCUGAGAGGAUUCGACCAAGAGUGUGCAGAACGUGUAGGAGAAUACAUGAAGGCAGAGGGGGUCGAAUUUAUGCGGGGAUUCGUCCCAAGAAAAAUCACACAGAUCGAACCAGGGACACCUGCGAAGCUGAAAAUCGAAGCCAAAAACAACUCAACGGGCGAAAUUGCUGAAAUUGAAUGCAACACAGUUCUCUUUGCUAUUGGACGCACAGCAUGUACUGAAUCACUUAAUCUUGAGUCCAUAGGUGUGAAGGUCAACUCGAAGACUUCUAAAGUGAUCGUGAACGAAGCUGAACAGUCUUCAGUGAACAAUAUCUACGCAAUCGGUGACGUAAUAGAAGGCAAGCUGGAGCUGACUCCGGUAGCAGUACAGGCUGGUCAACUUUUGUCUCAGAGGCUUUUCGGAAAAGGAAAAGUCUUGAUGGACUAUGUAAACGUUCCGACGACAGUUUUCACUCCUCUAGAGUACGGUUGUUGCGGAUACUCUGAAGAAGAUGCUCAUGAAAAGUUUGGCAAAGAUAAUAUCGAAGUGCACCAUAAUUUAUUCCAACCUCUAGAAUGGGUUAUUGGCCAGAAGGCUGGAGUCUGCUAUGCCAAGUUGGUGUGCAAAAAUGAUGACAAUAGAGUAAUAGGAUUCCAUAUCAUUGCCCCAAAUGCGGGCGAAAUGACGCAGGGUUUUGCGCUGGCGCUGAGAAUUGGUGCCAAGAAAGAAGACUUCGACUCGUUAGUUGGAAUCCAUCCAACCAAUGCGGAAGUGUUUACGGUUCUGGACAUAACCAAGAGCUCUGGCAAAGAGCUGGUAGCCUCAGGAUGCGGGGGAGGCACCUGAGGAUAGUUUAGAACCAAUUUGAAGGUCAUGAGUCAUAACUGAGUUAUAACUAUGACGUCGAUUGGUUCGGCAUGACUUAUAGUAACUAAAGGAGUGAUCGUUUCCUUUUCAAAAAGUAUGGUUUUGUCUACUUUCGACGAAUGACGACUUCUUUCAAACUUUCAGAGAGGACGAAGUCUGAACAAGGGGAAUAAUCAACUCCAAUUGAAACAGUGAUAAUUAAUGACUUGCACAUGUUUACCUGCUCCGUUUUUGAUAUUCAUUUUGCUGAGUAUUCAGAUUAUUAGCUAAUUGUUUAAUUAGAGUUUUUGAUCUUUA